GUAAAAACUGAGCGAGGUGAGCAAGUCGGAAGAGAUUUGUUCAUUGACGGACUCCUCAGUCGAACGAUAAGGGCAAAGUUGCGAAAGCAAUUUCCCCCCAUCAAUCAUACGCUACAACAAAUUAUGGUUGCUGCGGAAGAAAUGGAACGGAAGUUUGCGGCGAACUUCCUGGAAGGAGAAGAUUACCCUAGAGACGGAGAUUCGACCGAGCUCGCUCGAGCCAGAGCAGAGCUUACUGCUUUACAGAACAAAUUUGAAAACAUAGGGUUCGUAUCAGGAUAUGUCACCUAUAUGGAAGAGAUAGGCCCCAAACGAGUAAUCCUAAGUGAGACUCCGAGCAUCUCUGCUCCUAUGUUGCCCCCGCCCGUCAGGACGUUACCCCCGCCACCGAUUGAGGCGCCUGUACGAUCAAACGAAUCGGCGGCCAUUUUCGAACUAACCAAAACCUUGAUUAGCUUGAUCYAGGAAAGCAAAAAGGAGCAGCGAGAGCACAAUGCUCGGCUGGAAACCAUGAUGAGGAACAUGCGACCCAUUGCGUGGUCGGCUUGCGUAAAAGGAGCCGCAGAGCGCAUCCCGCCGUCGCAGCAACAAUACCUGGAUCCCCGGACGGCUCGCGAUCCUGCCUUCUUCAGGCAUCCUACGGCAGAGCAGCUUGCGGCCAUCAGAGAAGAAGAGGAGGAGGAAGAGAGUACCGGGAGGGACGAAGACGACGACGGAUUGGAAGAAGGCGGGAACAGCGACGAAGAACUCGGCGAAGAAGACGAGACCCCCGAAGAAGGAAGCUAUAGCGAGCAUAGCGAAGGGGAACAGAGCGAAGAAGAAGAAGAAAGCGAGGAAGGAGAAGAGGAGCACGACGAAGAGCCGGCUGGAUCGRAGUGGRAAGCCGUGCCAGAAGAAGCGCUGCAUACGGUUGAUGCUACACUGAAUUGCUUGGGCGCUUGCUUUCGCCUCCUUGGAAGGGACAGAGAAGGAGAUCCUUGCCAGAGCAUCCGGGUACGAUCCUUCCGAAAAGCGUAUAGAGAGUACUCGUUGCAGCGGGGGGUGGUUGAAGAAUCUGCAGUGGCAUUGACGUGGAUGAAACUGGAGAGGGUUCUGAGGUUUAUUAGGGAGAAGGUGAAGGUGCUAAAGGGUUAUCACGAAGCUCAGGCAUAUCGGGAUGGCGGUGCGUUUUUGUAUUUAUGGGAGAGCUGGCAGCGAUGCGGGGAGGGAUUACGUCUGCAAUACAAGGAAAUAGAUUUAGAGAAGAAGGUCGUGUGUCUUGGUUAUACUAAAACGAAUCGUCAUGGUGGAAGAUUCAUGAUAAGGUUACGAGAUGCGGGGGGUGAGGAGGAGACAUUUUUGGGAUGGCUUCCAGAAAUGGUAAGUAGCUACGAGCGGGUGGGACAGGACAUAAAGCAGGGAUUCCUGUUUCGUCCGAUGCACGAAAGUGGUGCAAUGAGUGGUGGUGCUUUUAAUAAACGAAUCGAGAAGUGGUUUGUUGAGGCGGGGGUGUUUGCAGGGGAGAGUGGGCAUAACUUUCGUAUAGGCGGAGUUCAGGCUGGCAUAGAAGAGGGCUGGAGCCUUGGUGAGAUGAUGCGGCAGGGGACGUGGAGUAGUGUUGGGACGUUUAUGAGGUAUGGUUAUGGAAUGCGGCGAGGAUGGAAGAGGCGGCGAGUCGGAGAAUCAAGUGCGAAAGAAGAUGGUUGUGAGGCCGAGGACAGCGGGGUUGGGGGUGGCGAGGUUGACCCUGGGACUGGGGAGGCAGGAGAAUUUGGAGUCGGGGAUAGUGAAGCGGCGGGUGAUAGAGAGGGAGAGGAUACGGGGGUACCAUGAGGUACGCUGAGAUGAGGGGAGGAUGAGGAGGUAAGAUGUUGGACAUGAGAUGGCUCUGGUGAGAGCUUGGCGGAGAAGAGAGGUUGGUGGAAAAAGCCAACGGUAUGGUAAGGCGGGGAGGGUGGACCAGUCGAGGGAAAGGGCGUCUAUGUGGGAAGCCUUAGUUAACCAGAAUCUCGAUACGAAUGAAGGGCAUACGUGGUG